AAAACGCAUCGUUCUGUUGCUUACGCACGCACAAAAUCUCUUUCUGAGCGAGAGAGAGAGAAGACCGAUUCGAUUCCGUUUCUGAGGAAAGGAAACCUCUCUCCUUCGUUGCAAAGCCAAUUAAUGGAAGCGGCCAUAUAUCACUCUGCUGAUACGCCUCCACGAGCUUAUUGUGGUACUGGUGGAGGUUUGAUUCAAUAAAUUUGCUACUCGGGGAUUCUCAAAGAUCUAUUUUUUAUGUAAGAUUUGAAUGGAUUGUAAGCGAUCUUCUGUAAAUUCAUCUCCUUGUCAUACUUCUAGCAGUUUGAAUCAGAUUCCCUAGCUGUUGUUGUUGUUGCUUCUGAGCAAUCUAUCAUCAACGAAAUGGAAAACCCAUUUGCUUCCAGGGAUAAGUGGUUUGGUUAUCCAGAUUUUCCAACAGAACAAACGGAUGGUUCAAGCUUUGGCUCUGGUGUUAGGAAUUUGAUCUCUGAUGACAUGCUUAACUCCUCCUCCUCGGAUCUUAUGAAUUUCGACUCUUUUGCCACAUGGUGUAAUAGCCCUUCCGCGUCUGAGAGCUUGUUUGCACAAUAUGGUCUAUCGACCUCCCAGCCUAUGCCCUUUGGAGCUGUCACUUUAUUACAUGCUGCUGAGCCGAAGCCUGCCACUUUUUCGGGUCUUAGUCGUUCGUUCCAUGAUUUGGAAAGCUCUUACUACGGUGAAGAAAGGUCGUCACUACAGGAAUUGAGCUCCCAGUUUCAUCUCUCAUUAGAUAGCGAUGAGUUAGGUGGUAAACGGCGCAGGGUUACUAAUCAGAAGAGUGGUUUUCCUAACGUACUGAGCUGUACUAUCCCUAGGUCUUUGAGCCACUCAUUAGAUGAGAAGAUGCUUAAGGCAUUGAGCUUGUUUAUAGAGUCCUCAGGUUCAGGAGAGGGCAUUUUAGCACAAGUUUGGACCCCUAUUAAGACAGGAGACCAGUACCUGCUUAGUACUUGUGAUCAGGCCUAUUUGCUUGACCCUAGGCUUUCUCAGUACCGUGAAGUGUCAAGGAAAUUCACGUUUGCAUCUGAAGCAAACCAAUGUUCUUAUCCGGGUCUUCCUGGCCGAGUCUUUAUCUCGGGAGUACCCGAAUGGACAUCAAACGUGAUAUAUUAUAAGACGGAAGAGUAUCUGCGUAUGAAGCAUGCAAUAGAUAAUGAAGUCCGUGGUUCUAUUGCAAUACCUAUCCUUGAAGCAUCUGGGACAUCUUGUUGUGCUGUCAUGGAGCUCGUCACAUUCAAGGAAAAACCCAAUUUUGACAUGGAGAUGGACUCUGUUUGCCGUGCUCUCCAGGCUGUAAACUUACGGACAUCAGCGAUCCCUCGCCCUCAGUACCUUUCAAUUAAUCAAAGAGAUGCCUUGGCUGAAAUACAAGAUGUUCUCCGAGCAGUAUGUCAUGCACACAAGUUACCUUUAGCUCUAGCCUGGAUUCCUUGUAGUUACGCCAAGGGGGGAAAGGAUCCAUCUGUAAGCGUUUGUGGACCAAACUCAGUGGAAAAUUGUGUCCUUUGCAUAGAGGAGACAGCUUGUUAUGUGAAUGAUAUGGAGAUGGAAGGCUUUGUGCACGCGUGUUUGGAGCAUUGUCUAAGAGAAAAGGAAGGAAUUGUUGGCAAAGCUUUCGUAUCAAACCAGCCGUUCUUUUCUUCUGAUGUGAAGGCAUAUGACAUCAGUGAGUACCCUCUUGUUCAGCAUGCUCGAAAGUACGGUCUGAAUGCUGCUGUUGCUAUAAAACUGAGGAGCAUUUACACUGGUGAAGAUGAUUACAUACUUGAACUCUUCUUGCCUCCAAAUAUGAAGGGAAGCUUGGAACAACAACUUCUAUUAGACAGCCUUUCGGGUACUAUGCAGAGAAUUUGUCGAACUCUGAGAACUGUUUCAGAUGUGAGGGCAACUAAAAAAGAAGUGAUUAGAGCUGGCUUUCGGAGUGACGAGAUGUCUAAUUUCCCGCAGACCACAUGUUCAGGAAACUUUCAGACAAUAGUAUUGGAUUCCGAACUUAACUCUACUAGAAGCAUAUUUUCGGACAUGUCUUCCGAUAAAGAAAACGGUAGUACAGGAUCUCAAGGCACUUUUGAGCAGGAUAUGAGCAAAGCUAGAACACCAGAGAAGAAAAAAAGCACAACUGAGAAAAAUGUGAGCUUAAGCGUUCUCCAACAACAUUUUUCUGGGAGUCUAAAGGAUGCUGCAAAAAGCCUUGGUGUUUGUCCCACUACACUAAAAAGGAUAUGCAGACAACAUGGGAUCACGAGGUGGCCAUCUCGUAAGAUUAACAAAGUGAACAGGUCAUUAAAGAAAAUACAGACGGUGCUUGACUCGGUCCAGGGUGUAGAAGGAGGACUGAAGUUUGACUCAGCAACUGGCGAGUUCAUUACAGUUGGCCCUUUUAUCAAAGAAUCUGAUACCCACAAAGGUCUAUCUUCUAAUGGUAACAAUGCUCAUGUCAGAGGUCAGGAGGCUGAAGAUACCUCCUUUGAGCUCUUGAAAGCUAAAUCCGUCGACAAUGCAAAUAAGUUAGAAGAGGAUUUUCUCACGAAUGGGUCAUUCAUGGAGGCUAAUGCUAACGGUCAGCAAUGGGGUUGGGUGGCCGGACAGUCUGGCUUCAAUGAAAGUGAAGGAAUAAAGAACAAUGGCAACUCAAGCUCUCAGGCAAUUGCAGAUGGAAUGGAUACAACAACAAUCCGAUGCAGUGAUAAUAUUAUCGAACCUAACCGAUCCAUGUCCUGCAGCAUGUCAAAUUCAUCAAAUGGCUCAGGCGCAGUUAUGCUCGGAAGCUCAUCGACUUCCAUGGACGAUUGGAACCAAAUGAGAACCCAGAAAAGCAAUAGCGGUGAGAGUGGAUCAACAACACUCACUGUAAAGGCCACUUAUAAAGAAGACACGAUACGGUUCAAGUUCGAGCCAUCGGUUGGAUGUCCUCAGCUCUACAAAGAAGUUGGAAAACGGUAUAAACUGCAAGACGGGUCGUUUCAGCUGAAGUACUUAGAUGAUGAAGAAGAAUGGGUGAUGCUGGUUACAGAUUCUGAUCUCCAAGAAUGCUUGGAGAUACUAUAUGGUAUGGGAAAACACACAGCCAAGUUCCUCGUUCGUGAUUUGCCUGCGCCGAUAGGUAGUUCAGCUGCAAGCAAUGGUUACCUAUGAACAGGGUUUAUGACAUCUACUGUGUCGUCGUGAGACAUAUACAAGGCGGGUCACCUCAGCAGUUUGUGAAAGAAUGUUGUUUAUUUUCUCCAUAAUAUUUUGCUUAUGAAAAGAAAUGAGGUAGAAAGACAAUUUUGGUAUAGUGGACUCAGGAUACUGUAUAUGGUUUAUCGUUUUAUAUAUAAAUCAGAGAGUAAAAGUUUAGUCCGAAUUGCUAAUGUUACACU